AUGGCCGGGCAAGGCGGGAGCAGCGCGGCGGCGCGGAGCGGUGGAGGCCGCGGCGUUGUGAUUUCAGACAAUUGGCCCGGAUACAGUCUGGAUUUGUUCACUUAUCCUCAGCACUACUACGGAGAUCUGGAAUAUGUGCUCAUACCUCAUGGCAUUAUUGUUGACAGGACAGAACGAUUGGCCAAAGAUAUUAUGCAAGACAUUGGAGACAAUGAUAUUGUGGUUCUCUGUGUCCUCAAAGGUGGCUACAAGUUCUGUGCUGACCUUGUGGAGCACAUUAAAAAUCUCAGCAGAAAUUCAGAAAGAUUCAUCUCCAUGAAAGUCGAUUUUGUUAGACUGAAAAGUUACCACAAUGAUCAGUCUAUGCAAGAUAUGCAGAUAAUGGGAGGAGAUGAUCUUUCAAAGCUGACUGGGAAGAAUGUUCUAAUUGUGGAGGAUAUUGUUGGAACUGGAAGGACUAUGAAGGUUCUGCUUAAUAAUAUAGAAAAAUACAAGCCAAAAAUGAUUAAAGUGGCAAGUUUGUUGGUGAAAAGAACAUCUCAGCCUGAUGGGUACAGACCAGAUUAUUACGGAUUUGAAAUUCCAGAUUUAUUUGUGGUAGGUUAUGCCUUAGACUACAACGAGCACUUCAGAGAUCUAAACCACAUAUGUGUUAUCAAUGAUCAUGGCAAAGCAAAAUACAGAGUCUGAAGCAGUAACAUCCUCACCUGAAGAUUUGUAAGCUCAGUGAAGCACAAAUUUGACUACACUCCCUCAAGCAUCUCCCAGAAGAGCGGUUCAACUGACUUGUGUUUCUUUCAACUCAGUAUAAUAAGGCGUUUACUCUAGAGAUACUGAUUAAUAUUUACAGAAGUGAGAGCUCUUAUCUAAAAUGUGAAGAGAGGGCUUUUAAAGUUAUUACCUUUUUUAAGUAUUAAAAUUACCACAUAAGAUGCCUUUUGACUAAUAAUUUGUCUGCCUCAAGCCUCAUUGUGAAUGCAUCUUUUCUUCCCUCAGUCCAUCAUACCACCCAUUGCAAUUCAUGUACUUCAACUGUGUUGCAUAAGAUCAUUUAAAAGUGCCAUUCUGUGCAUGAAGAUUACUUUACAGGAUUUUAUUGACUUCAGCAUCCCUUUAGUCUUGGUCAGAUAUGCUGCUGCUGAAUUGAAAGCAUUAUUUUGAUUUAAUUCCACAACUCAAAAGUUUCAGCUGAAGCUGUAUGUUGUAUGAGAGUACAUUUCUAGCAGUUCAUUACUGCCUCUUCCGAACAGAAGUUUUAACUCUCAGAAUGCACUGAACUAGAUUGCUGGUACAAAAUGAACCUUUGCAAGACACAAGUGAUCUGAAAUUGGAAGAUGUCAUGGGUUUCGUAUGUCAUGUAGCCAUAGAUCUAACCUGUUUAAUGAUGUGCUGAAUUUUAAUCAAGAGAACACAAUGCCAGGCAGGUUUCAAUUUCUGCAUGGUAUCCUUUUACUUCUGUAGGACACAAACAAGUAAAAAAACUAACGUAGUGUUCUCCUGUGCAUAUAUUCUUAAUUAAACCUCAUUAGGAACAAAAGUUUAAUGCUAGUCAGACAAUUAUUCAGUUAUGAUUUGAUUUUUGUAGCAUGUCUAAGUUGAGACUUUUUGUAACCAUUUGUCGUCUUUAAGAAUACAGAUCUGACAACAUUGGAGAAGACUAGUAUAAAAAAAGAAAAAAAAUGUAUUGGAAAACAUAGAAAACAAGUUAACCCAUGAAUACUGUAGACUCUAGAGAUUCCUUCCUUCCCUUAUACAUCGUGUUUGAAGAAGUUUGUUAACUUACAUGGUGUAUUAAGUGUGAAAAAUUUAAUUCUGUACUGUAUGUAACUGUUCUGAACAACUUCCCGAGGGAAGCCAAUGCAAAGUAAGUAGCUGUAUAUCAAUAGCUUUGCUCUGAACUGUAAGAGGCAGAUUGUUAUUAGCUUCAGGUUCCU